AUGGGCAUACUACUUCAUGUCAUCGAGCUAGGAUACCUUGUCCUGUCCUUAUACGAAGAGAUAUCACCUGAUGAGAAGCUUGGCGAGGUUACGGUGUUUGCUGCUCAGAUUACAGAUCCUGAAACUAAAGAUUCUCCCGUUUUGAAGGUUUAUUGUGUUUCAAGUAUCUUUUCAAAGGAACUAAGCAAGGGACAUCACACAUUCUUGUUUGCUUUUGGAUAUACCCACAACGAGGCGGUAGAGUUUUAUAAUCUUGCUGUUCACUAUUAUAACAACAAGUCCCUCAUGUCUUCUCACCAACGUUCUUGGGACUUUGUCUGGAGAUCAGUGAAUGUUGACGUUGAUAAUACAGACUUUGCAAAGACUGUAAAGUCCUCACUUUUCUUCAUACUAAGUGCUUUCCCACACUUUGCUCUUGAAAAUCCAGACUUGGAGAAUUACCCGUUUGACUUCUACGGAGUUAGCCCUGGUAGUUUGGGUAAUGGCAGUGACGGAGAGGACUACUGGGGGCAUGUGUUCUGGGAUCAGGACCUCUGGAUGCUUCCUGGAGUCAUGUUGUUGUUUCCUCAACUGGACAGGAGUGACGUGUGUCCUGGAGCUAUUUACGCAAAGUACCAGCAGCACAUUACAGCUUGUGUUGUCUAUGCGAUAAGACAGUAUGUCUAUGUAACCGGUUCUUGGGAUAUCCUUACAAAGGAUGGUGCUUGGGAUAUUGUCAAAGAAACUGCUGAUUACUGGGUUUCUAGGGUGGAAUGGGAUGGUAGUAAUUUCGUUAUCGAUCACGUGAUGGAUCCAGAUGAGUAUCAUUAUAAUGUGAACAACUCUUGUUUUACCAACGCUGCUGCUCGUCUUAAUCUCUUAUUUGCAAUUGAAGCUGCGGAAAAGCUUGGCAAGAUCCCAGAUCCAAGAUGGGAAACUGUCAGUCAGGAAAAGCAGGGUAUUAAAAUACCAUUUGACGACAAACUCAGGUACCACCCCGAGUAUGAUGGCUACACUCAAGGUACCCUUAUAAAACAAGCAUCAGUUGUAUUGCUUGGAUAUCCUCUUGGUGUAUCUAUGGAUCCUGAUGUUCGCAGAAAUGACAUCAUUGAGUAUGAGAAGUGUACUGACAGAGGACCUGGCAUGACUUACAGCAUGUACAGUAUCGGAAUGUUGGAACUGGGCCAACUGGACACUGCUGCGGAGUUGUUUAAGAUUGCUCAAAGGUGA